UUCACCUCUUUAGGUGACUGAGUGCAUUAGGCAUUUCAGCACUGCUACAAAAAGCAGGAAGUCCAAAAACCUGCAGAAAAUCAAUGCAGGUCUGUGUGGCAAAUAUGUGCAUUAAGGCUGAGUGUGUUGUCACAUGCAUGCCAGCCAUUCAGAAGUCUUUGUGUGUGUGUUUGAUCUUUAUCUGAGUCAGCGGGCGUGAAUGAAAACAAGCUCUCUGAAAAAGGGAAUAUAUAAAAUGCUCCAGAGUCUAUUUGGGAAAAGUCAGAGAGCAACAAUACUGAAUAAGAUGAGUUAAAAGAUGUGUUGAAGUAGCCUAUUUAUCCCAAUAGUUGACAUUUAUGACUAAAUUAUGUUUCUGAGCUGAACAUUCAAGGUUUGUUUUUCCAGAUUUAACACAAUAACACCAGGGCGUAGCCCUAUCCUUUUCACAAUUAAUGCCAGUAAACCCACUUUAUUGGUGAAACCAGCCUCACCUUUGAUCUGUGUUUGUUAAUUUAUAACCAUCAAGUUUCCUCUUUUUGGUGUAAUGGUGCAGAUGUAAUUAAAAGGUUUUGCUGGCAGUCAAAUUCAAACUUUCAUGUUAACUCUCACAUAUUUUUAGUCUUAGAGUAAGUGCAGAUGGCCCGUAUGUGUCCAGCUACAACAUGUACAAACAGUUAUUGGUUGUGCUCAUUGUUUCCCCCUCAUUUCUCCUUGUUUUAGGUAAAAACAAGACACGCAGCCAAACCAUGGGUUUAUAUCACCUCAUUAACCUCAAGCUGGUGAUGUCACUUCCCUUUUUAGGGCACACAGUGACCGUUUAUGCCAGGAUGACGAGAGAUCUUGGGUUUGUGCUUUUGUUGCUGCUGUCUGCGGCUGUAGAGUCCAACAGCAUGUCUCCACCAGGGAAACCAGUCCUGCUCGGCUGCAGGUCCCCUGAGAAGGAGACGUUCACCUGCUGGUGGGAGCCGGGCUCCGACGGAGGGCUGCCGACCACACACCGCAUGUAUUACGAGAGAGAAAGAUUAGAGGGAACGUACGAGUGUCCAGACUAUCGGUCAGCAGGGAGAAACUCCUGUUUCUUUGACAAGAAUCACACCUCCAUCUGGGUCGACUACUACCUGACAGUGGUGGCCUCCAAUGCCCUCGGGAACGCCACUUCAGACCCCUUUAAGAUGGAUGUGAUGGAAAUCGUGAAGCCUUAUGCUCCUGAGAAUGUGACGCUGCAGGUGGAGGAAAGAGAGGACAGUCCAUGUCUCCAUGUCAGAUGGGAGCCUCCCCAUAACACAGACACCAAGUCUGGCUGGGUCACUAUUAAAUAUGAACUAAGAGUCAAACAAGAAAACCACAACAAGUGGAAGGAGUACAGGUCAGGUACACAGACUCAUUUCAGCCUGUACAGCGUCAGUCCGGGGGUGGUGUACACGGUUCAGGUGCACUGUAGACUGGACCAUGGCGCCUGGAGCGAGUGGAGCAACACUACCUACGUGAAAAUCCCCAACCAUCUUCAGAAUGACAGACCAUUUUGGAUAUUGGUUUCUGUCCUCUCUGCAGUUCCAUUUAUAACAGCAGUGUGUAUUUUGGCCGUGAAGAGAAAACAUGUGAAGCAGUGUGUUCUGCCUCCUGUUCCUGGUCCGAAGAUAAGAGGAAUUGAUGCUCAACUUCUGAAGGGCAGGGGAUCUGAAGAUGUUGACAGCGCCCUGAUCAUCAACCAGAGCUUUCCUCUGAUGGUGUCCGGGAAAGACCAGAUGGAGGAGUACCUGAUUGUGACUGACAAUGAUGAUGGACUCCCCUUCAAUCCUCAAAAAAGUAAGAAAAGCCUGAUUAUUCCUGCUGGAUUCCAGUUGGACGCGGAAAUCUAUUGUAAGGAGUCGACUCUGGCUGGGGAAGGAAAGAAUGAAAUGGAAAACGCAGUUAACCCCUUCAUAAACAGCGGUUAUGUGGAUAUUCAGAGACAUGUAGAAAAUGUGCAGGGCGUGGAUGUGGAACAGGCGGACUACAGAAAAGUGACGGAGGUGAACGGUGACAAUAUUCUCGUCCUCAAGAAAGAAAAUGCUCCACUUAAGAGCUCUGACUACAUUGAUGUUCAGAGUCAAGAGGAGAACAUGUCAGAAGACUACAGCAGGGUGAGAGAGGUAGACCGUGACAAUAUGGUCCUGCUGCAGAAACAAAGUGCGUCAGCUGACACCUCCUGUGAAGAGAAGGAAAACCACCACGCAGACUGUGGCGCUCAGAAGCCAAGAAAACCUCAUGUGUGCACAGAAAUCACCGACGCCGGAUAUGUUGAUACUAUCCCUACACAUUUUUAAUGUAAUGCUUUGUUUUAUAUGCAGCGUUUCAUACAAAUCCCAGAUAUCCACAGUGAGAGUUUUAGAAAAAGGCUGCAGAUAUUUUAGGAUUUUGUAGGUAAAAGGUAGAUUUGUCUUUUUUUUUUUUGGCGUCAAAGGAGGAGUUUAUGAGUUUCACAGCCUGGGGCGAGAAGCUGCUCCGUAGUCUGGUGGUUCGGCAGCAGAUACUUCUGUGUCUUUUCUCA